AGAUACUUCACAGGACCAAGCCAAGGAAAAAAGCAUGUCAUAGCAAAAAUACAAUACUUGAUUAUAACACAAAUAUAAAUUUCUUAGUUAUGACAGUAAUUUACAGUCAACUACAAUACUACUGCAAAAAUAAUUACUUGUGAAAGAAUACCCACUAUUGCUGACAUGUCUUUGUAAUAGCUGAAAAUUAUAAGUUGAAGUAAUUUCUUUUAUGGAGUAGGAAUGAGAUAGGAGAUAUUCAAAUAAUGCUGGCUUAAAGUUCUUCAUAUCGUCGUUCAGACUAUUUAUAAAGGGGGGGGGGAGAUUAUUGAAUAGCUAAUUCAAGUUUAUUAAUGUAUUAAACUCUUUUUGAUAUUUACUGAGAUGUACUAUUUGGCAUAUGAUGGUUAUAUAUGUAUAUUGUACUUAAACUUUAGACAUCUGAGUUUGCUUUUGAACAUGGUUGGAAUUCUCGUCUGCUUUGCAUAUGUAAUUACUUGCAGCUGGCCUGAUAUUACCCAAGGUACAACGCGUACAGUGUACUUAAAGAACUACGACUUUCUUACUAAACCACAAGAAUAGGUAGAAAACUAAUUCUGAUAUUUGAUGUUUAUGUAACUGUUGUUACACAAUUAAGUACGGUAAAUGGUCAAAAGAAAUUCAAAUGUUGUUCUCGACUAUCGAAAAAGCCCAAGUACGAUAAGAAUGCAUUUUUUGUUCUGUCUUAACUCAAGCAGGGUCCUGAAAAUCGCUAUUUUGUUGCUACUAGAUUCCAUUUUUAAGGCCAAUCUGCGGAAUAAGAAAGUACCGUGGAAUCACUGAUCCGCAGACAGAAGCGGGGUGAAAGCGCGGCACAGUUUGAUAGCAAAAUGCACUUGAAGGAGGACUCUCAAUUUAGUUAGUGGUCUACCUAGAGUGCGCGCGUAGUCACUCGGCUCGCUUCACACUUCUCAGACGCUUCUUCUACUCGCAGGCUGAGUACAAUUUAGCAUGUAGUACGUUCUGUAUACGAGGCGAUAAUUUGGGCUGUAGCAGGUUAAACAUUCCCAACAGUGACAACAGAAUAAGUGUGUAACAGACAAGAAAAGAAAGAAGAAUGCCUCCAAUUUCAAGACCAGCUUCUUCUACGUACUGGGCACCGUGUUCUAACCGACAACGACGCUUAUCGGAGAUACCAACGAACAAAAUAAAUUACCUUAUAACGAGAAAUUCUGAGGGAGAUGUAUCAAGUACUGCAUCUACAUCAAUAUCACGGCAUUACGUAGACCCGUGGGACCUAGAAAAUUACGCAUUUAUGAAGCGUCAUAGUACUACAGACGCUGAAACGGAUUACAUCGUCAGAUCAACUCCGGCACUCGAAUCAUCGCAGUCAGAUUUUUAUUACGUGCCACAUUAUCAAUAUCCAGACACCGAUUAUGACGCUGGGACCAGACAAUUCUCUCCUUAUCUGCAGGAUCCUACACAGAAUUUUUCUGUAGGAUUGGUCAACGGAGUUGAAGAAGAAGACUUCUACAACGAACGCUUCGAGUUACACAGCAAUCGAUAUUCUGGGAAUUCUGAGGACGCCAAGUGUUAUAUCGAUCAGCCUUCAAGGACGAAGUUCAGACCGACUAGCUGUUUGUAUUCAAGGACAGACGCUGGUGAUUCAUGUGAAGACUAUGAUUCUGCAGCCCUUUAUUCAGACGACUCCACGGCCAUCGGAAGCAGCGGAAGCUAUAACCAGCGGAUCGAGUGUCAAUUGUACUCACCGUCUGUGAUGUUGAGACGAGCACCGAGCGACCAUUCGGAGCAGUCCCUUGUUUACGUGUACGAGACAGGAUCCAGGAAAAGGAAGAUGGCCCUGCCGAAGGGAAACCUCGUCGGUGCACAGGGAGGUUCAGUGCCAGCUGCAACUCUUCUACGCAGACACAGCACCAACAGCCACCUCACGACAACCCACAGAUCACGAAGAACGAUGCAUGGACAGCUGGUGUCUGGCUGUUACCCCAGCAAGUUCAGCAACACAGAUCCAUCAUACAUCAUGGCAUCACAUGACGAUUUGCAACAUCCUUACUACGAUAUUUACUGUUCGAAGCCUAUACAAGUCACUCCUCACCAUUUUGGCCUCAGCAAGUUUGAAACUUUCUGAGGAGUUGGGUGGCAAUGGAGAAAAUGGUGGUGGUAAUAUCUCUUUCUCUUGUAUCAUGUUAUUGUAUUGUUGUUCCAUUGCUAGUACUUUCUGUAGAGAAGAACAAAAUUUUUACAUAAAAU